UUGUUUUUCUGCUGUUCAACCUGUUUUUUACAGGUAGGAGUGGAUUACUUAGAAAAGCUUUGGAAACCGGAUACAUUCUUUCCAAACGAAAAGAAGUCGUUCUUUCAUACAGCGACCACGCAUAAUUCGUUUCUAAGAAUCGACCCGGAUGGUACCGUCUUCACCUCACAAAGACUGACGGUAACAGCAACGUGCCCAAUGAAACUACAACUUUUCCCAAUGGAUUCACAAAGAUGCAAACUGGAGAUUGAAAGCUGUAAGUUCAUAAAUGGUGAGGCAAAGCAAGUAAUCGGUGCAGGCAUCCUUUUCAUGCAGUUCGGCUUACAGAAACCAAAUCUGUUCGCAUGUCUAAAAUGCAGAUUCGGAUUGGUCGCAUAUUUUUGA